UGAUCGCCGCGCCAGCUCCUCCUCCUCCUGCUGCUGCUCGUGCUCCCCCGGCGAGCGCGCAGCCCCGAACCCGCCCCGCGCCUCCAGGAGCCCUCCCCCCGCUGCUCCCAUGCGCGCGGGUGGGUCAUGAGCACAGCGCCCUCGCUUUCUGCCUUAAGAAGCAGUAAGCACAGCGGCGGCGGCAGCGGCAGCGGCGGCGGCGGCGGCAGCGGCAGCGGCAGUGCGGACCCUGCCUGGACCAGCGCGCUCUCUGGAAAUAGCUCCGGCUCCGGCCCCGGCCCAGGCUCGUCCCCGGCCGGCAGCACCAAGCCUUUUGUGCACGCCGUGCCCCCCUCUGACCCUCUCCGCCAGGCUAACCGCUUGCCCAUCAAGGUGCUGAAGAUGCUGACGGCACGGACUGGCCACAUUUUGCACCCCGAGUACCUGCAGCCCCUGCCUUCCACUCCCGUCAGCCCCAUAGAGCUUGAUGCCAAGAAGAGCCCGCUGGCGCUGUUGGCCCAAACAUGCUCUCAGAUCGGGAAGCCCGACCCCUCGCCCUCGUCCAAACUCUCCUCGGUCGCCUCCAACGGGGGAGGCGCGGGCGGUGCCGGCGGCGGCGCCGGGGGCGACAAGGACGCAAAGUCGGGCCCCCUCAAGAUGAGCGACAUCGGCGUGGAGGACAAGUCGAGUUUCAAGCCGUACUCCAAACCCGGCUCGGAUAAGAAGGAGCCGGGAGGCGGCGGCGGCGGAGGCGGGGGCGGCGGGGGCGGCGGCGGGGGGGUUUCGGCGGAGAAGUCAGGAUUCCGGGUACCGAGCGCCACCUGCCAGCCAUUCACGCCCAGGACAGGCAGCCCAAGCUCCAGCGCCUCGGCCUGCUCGCCAGGAGGCAUGCUGCCUUCGGCCGGGGGCGGCCCGGAGGGCAAGGACGACAAGAAGGACCCCGAGGCGGGCGGCGCCGGUGGCGGCAGCAAGGGCUCCGGGGGCGCCUCGGCCGAAGGGGGACCCACGGGGUUGGCGCACGGCCGGAUUAGCUGUGGCGGCGGGAUUAAUGUGGACGUGAACCAGCACCCAGAUGGGGGCCCCGGGGGCAAGGCUCUAGGCUCGGACUGCGGCGGCUCAUCGGGCUCCGGCUCCGGCCCCAGCGCGCCCACCUCCUCCUCCGUGUUGGGCUCUGGGCUGGUGGCGCCCGUGUCGCCCUACAAGCCGGGCCAGACAGUGUUCCCUCUGCCUCCCGCGGGCAUGACCUACCCAGGCAGCCUGGCUGGGGCCUACGCCGGCUACCCGCCCCAGUUCCUGCCACACGGGGUGGCGCUCGACCCCACCAAGCCGGGCAGCCUGGUGGGGGCGCAGCUGGCGGCGGCCGCGGCGGGCUCUCUGGGGUGCAGUAAGCCCGCCGGCUCGAGCCCCUUGGCCGGAGCGUCGCCGCCGUCCGUGAUGACAGCCAGUUUGUGCCGGGACCCGUACUGCCUCAGCUACCACUGCGCCAGCCACCUGGCGGGGGCGGCGGCAGCCAGCGCGUCGUGCGCUCACGAUCCAGCCGCGGCGGCUGCGGCUCUCAAGUCCGGAUACCCGCUGGUGUACCCCACGCACCCUCUGCACGGCGUGCACUCAUCGCUAACCGCUGCCGCGGCUGCCGGCGCCACACCGCCCUCUCUGGCCGGCCACCCCCUCUACCCCUACGGCUUCAUGCUCCCUAACGACCCACUCCCCCACAUCUGCAACUGGGUGUCGGCCAACGGGCCUUGCGACAAGCGCUUCGCUACGUCCGAAGAGCUGCUGAGCCACUUGCGGACCCAUACGGCCUUCCCCGGGACAGACAAACUGCUGUCGGGCUACCCCAGCUCUUCGUCUCUGGCCAGCGCUGCAGCGGCCGCCAUGGCUUGCCACAUGCACAUCCCCACGUCGGGCGCCCCGGGCAGCCCCGGGACGCUGGCGCUGCGCAGCCCUCACCACGCGCUGGGACUCAGCAGCCGCUACCACCCCUAUUCCAAGAGCCCGCUCCCCACGCCCGGCGCUCCCGUGCCCGUGCCCGCCGCCACCGGACCCUACUACUCCCCCUACGCCCUCUACGGACAGAGACUGACCACGGCCUCCGCGCUGGGGUACCAGUGAGGACGGUCGGGAGGGCUGUUGAGGGAAAGAAAAGAACUGGGGGGUGGGGAAGAGCCGAGGGAGGGGCGGGAACAGGGCAGAGGCUACUGUCACCCGCGCGUGGGGAUCACCCGGGCCAGAAAAGGAAAAAAUAUAUAUAUACCGUAUCUAUCUACCCGAAACAGCGACCGAGACCCGGUGGGAAACUCACUCCUCUUUUCCCCACCUCUCAUCUCCCCACCCAAACUUUAUAAAAGUUGAAAAACUAUCAUUUGACUUUUUAUAGAAAAAGAAGGAAAAAAUAAUUGAGAAAGUGUUCAUCUGAGGACUGCAUCGGUGGACACUGGUAUUUAUUUAUGUUAGCUCCAAGCGGACCCGUGGUUCAAAAGUGCAUUACUUAGUUUGAGCUCCGUAGGUAAAAAGGAAGAGGGGGAAAAAAUUAAAACUUGAGGGUAAAAAUGUGGAAAACAAACCCUCCCGUCCCUUGUAGAUUAUAAAUAAAUACAAAACCGCCACAGAACUAGAGGUCUUCUCUUUAAUGUUACUUUAAAAUUGCUAUGAUUGUAUUGUACGUUCUUAUUUAAUGUCUGAUUGAAACAAAUUUACCUGCAUGUUUGUUACAAAAAAUGAAAAAAAAAAACAAAACAAGUCACAAUUUGUCAGCUCUGAUUUCAAAUUGCAAUUAUUUUUAAGGUGUAUACCAUCGAAAGAGAAUGGAUAUUUUUUUGUAUGUAGUCUGGAAGAAAAAAAAAGGAAAAACAAUUCUAUUCCAAAACCUCAUUUGCCUUAUUUUGUUCUUUAAAAGGAACACUUAACUAUU